GAGAAACCGACCGUUCCACUGUGUAAGAAUCUACGAAGGGCAGACCUCACGCAAGUUGUUGACUUGGACUGCAACAGAAUUCUCGAGCCGAGACCACAAUCUGCCGACAAUGAUUUGCCGAGCGUGCCUGCGCGCGAGAGGCCCUUUCAGGCCCCAUGGCCAUCCUGUCCAAAGACUUUUUCAAGUGUCCCAGAGACGAUUGAGUUGCGUAGCCGGCCCAAGACUGCAGUCUACAAUGUCACAAAUACUACACUUUCGCAAUCCACCCCCCAACCUUCCCGCAGCAGCCCGCAGCAGGCUCUUUUCCACAUCGGCACCCGCGUCGUCGGUCGCCGCGCAACCGCAAGAAUCAACCCAUCCCACCGCCGGCGCACCCGAAAAGCCAGCCUACCUUUCAGAAGGCGAAUCGCAGGUCUGGGACAGGCUGGUAGCCGAGUUCGCGCCUACAGAGCUGGUGGUGCAGGAUAUUUCAGGAGGCUGUGGGUCUAUGUACGGCAUCGAAGUCAGCUCCGAGAAGUUUCGCGGCCUGAACAUGCUCAAGCAGCAGCGUCUCGUCAAUGCCGCGCUCGGGGACCUCAUGAAGGAGUGGCACGGUGUGCAGCUGAAGACGAGGGUGCCAUAGAUUGGAAAUUCGGCUUAGGGGUCUCCGGUUCCAUGUGGCAUUGGGAAGGCGUUUGGCGUCGGUAGAGCGGAGGGGAUGUUGUUGCUCAUAUGGGCAACGUCUUGCAAGGCGAAGGACAUACUCCUCGGCAACCUGUCGUGCGUCAGCCUCAACUACACCGUACCCUACUUUGCGACAGGAACCGUUGAGCGCUCUAUGGAAACCGGCCGCCAUGUUUGUCGCCCGGUGCAACGUGUCUUACACUCAAGGGGCCGGACACCCAACCCAGCUCAGUUCCCGUUGGCCAAUUCGUACCUGCAACAGCCCGUUCUGACUUCAGCG